CUGAAACUGUUUACAAACCACCAUCUGAGAAGAUCUCCAUAACUGUUAAAAAAUGCCUCCUAAGAAGAAAGGAAAAGGGAAAAAAGGAAAGGGAAAAGGUGGUGAUAAAGAUUCUGGUUCUGACGGUCCAGUUCCAAAAGAUGAACCGACCGAAAAAGAACAGGAAUUACGAAAAGAGUUAGAUCAGCUCACUGAAAAGUUGAAAACCGUAAAGAACGAAGUAGAGGAUUUGAGGAAGGAAAAUGAAUGGUUACAAGAAGAAGCUCAGCAAACUAGACUUGAAAGUCAUGAGUAUAUGUCGUACAUGUCCAAGAAAACACAAAAGCGGCAGACAACUAUAAUAUCGUUAAGUGACAGAAACCAACAAGAAAUCAAAAACAUUGAUGAGCAAAAAGAACAACUACUAAAAGAAUUUGGUCAAAAGAAGGAAGGUUUGAAACUAGUGAUGCUGGAAAAAGAAGCUGAAUUGGCAAGAACCAAAAAUGAAUUAGCAGAUUUGGAAGAAUACCAAAUCUUACAAAAAGAUCAAGAAGCUGAAAUUCAACGUUUGGAAAAUGAAGUACAAACCAUGAGAAAGAAACAUUCUGAAGCCAUACAGAAACUAAAGAGUUCUUUUUUGAGAGAAAAACGAGGAUUUCAAAAGGAAUCUGACAGCAAAAUACAAGAGAUGGCUCAACAGGCGACACAGGAAGCAAGGCAGUGUCUUGAAGAACACACCAACAACAUCAAGAAUGACAACAAAAUAUUGCGACAUGAACUUCUGCAGUUAAUAAGGAAAACCCGUGCUCUACAUGAGCACCGUGAAGAACUUGAGGCUCAACAUAAUGCCUUGCUGCGUGAAAUACAGUAUGGGCGUGAUUUGAAGAAAUUACAUGGCACAAGACAGAAUAGGCUGUGGAAAACAUUUGGAAUUGAUCCCAGUGAACACAAGCAAACAGAUACAAGCUCCAAUAAAGACAAACUUGCAAUUCUGUUCAAGAAUUAACAUUUUAAACAGCAAGGAAAUGUGAUUUGAGCAUUAAAUAUUUAUUUUAUUGUAGAAAACUGUUAUGAAUUCUAUUGUACAUAAUAAAUAAAAAUGUUUUUUC